GAACCGAAAUCUCAUUCUUCACAGAAACAGACGCGUUAACAUACAAACAAGAGAGAGCUAGACAAGAAAAGCAGCACUUACAAGUUACGAAACAUGGGCAGACAACUUACAAUAGCCAUUCUAGCCAUAACAGUGGUUGCUCUGCUCCACUCCACAGCAGCACAGCAAACCCAUGUGGUUGGAGAUAAAUUUGGAUGGCUGGUCCCUCCCGGAGGUGCCUACGCUUAUGAAGCCUGGGCUGAAACGCAAACAUUCGCCGUCGGUGACAUUCUUGUGUUCAACUUCACAAACGGUGACCAAGAUGUAGCCAGGGUCACAAAGGAAGCUUUCAAGACGUGCAAUUCAACAAACCCCCUCACACUUAAAACAACUAGUCCGGCCAAUUUCACUUUGGAUACCAUUGGAGAGUACUAUUUCAUUGGCACCAAGGACAAGCGCUGUGAAUUGGGACAAAAGCUAGCCAUCAACGUGACUGCAGAACAUGGAUCCCCUACUCCAAGCCCUGCACCUAAAUCCAGUCCUGCACCCAGAGGCGCCGUGACUUACGUCGUUGGUGAUCAUUUCGGAUGGAUUGUCCCACCAGGCGGUGAACUUGCUUAUGCUACAUGGGCUUAUGGCAAGACUUUCUAUGUGGGAGACACUCUAGAGUUCAACUUCACAACCGGAGAACAAGAUGUAGCCAGGGUGACCAAGGAGGCUUUUGAAUCCUGCAAUACCACCAAUGCCACAGUUCAGACAGCUGGCCCGGCCUAUUUCAAGUUGGAGACUGUUGGACAGUACUAUUUCAUUGGCACCAAGGACAAGCGCUGUGAAUUGGGACAAAAGCUAGCCAUCAACGUGACUGCUAAUCCUGGACCAAACCCUAGCCCUUCUGUCCCAGCUCCUGCCCCAACCCCCAGAGGACCAGUCACUUACACCGUUGGUGAUAAGUUGGGUUGGAUUGUCCCAGGCAGCGGAUAUGCUUAUGCCACUUGGGCUUAUGGCAAAACUUUCAUCGUGGGAGACACUCUAGUUUUCAACUUUGCGAAUGACACACAAGAUGUAGCUGUGGUGACCAAGUCAGCUUAUGAAAACUGCACAACCAACAAUACGAUUGCUGUUUAUUCAAAGAGUCCAGUAAGCAUCCUUCUCAACACCAGUGGUGAGCAUUUCUUCACCUCCACGUACGAUCGCCACUGCGUCUUGGGACAAAAACUAGCCAUUAACGUGACAGCCAGUAGCACAGCCACCUCCCCCUCUGGUUCCGUAGCACCUUCCUCACCUACUACCUCUACCGGUGGCCCGGGCUCUGCUCCUGCUCCAUUCAGCUCUGCCCCUUCCACGAUUGGCAGCGGACACUUCACUUUCGUGCUCAUUUCCAUGGCAGCUUUCUUCCAACCAAAACUUUUAGUAAAGUUGAAGAACAGAGGAAAGAAAAACAGAGCAAGAGAAAACAGGGGCGACCUGACCUUCAAAAACACAAAAGCGAUGGCAAAGAACUCAAACACGGCGUUUUUUGUAGCCAUGGCGGCUCUGGCUUUGGUAAUGAACUCGGUGGGGGCAGCAAAUACUUAUGAAGUGGGUGAUGCGUUCGGUUGGGUCGUCGCUCCCUCUGUAACUUACUCUACCUGGGCUUCAAACAAGACCUUCACUGUUGGCGACGUUCUUGUGUUCAAAUUUAGCACCGGAAAUCAUGACGUAGCUAAAGUGACAAAGGCAAAUUAUGAUUCUUGCAGUGCCACGAGCCCCAUUUCAUUGGAGACUAAAGGCCCUGCAAAUCUCACACUGAGCACUUCAGGGGAGCAUUAUUACAUUUGUACCUUUGGUGGCCAUUGUGCUGGUGGUCAAAAGUUGAGCAUCAAUGUCACCGGAACUUCAUCUCCAGCGCCAGCUCCUGCACCAAGUACUAGCUCUCCUCCUCCUUCACCUUCACCUUCACCACCGACCGCUGUUCCGGCACCCGCUCCCAGUACUAGUUCUCCUCCUCCACCCCCGUCCACUGUUCCUGCACCGGGUCCGAGUACUAGCACUACCCCUGGCAGCGGCGCCAGCCCUCCAUCUGGCAACCCCAGCAGCCCAACCACUCCAUCAUCACCAACACCAGAAGGUUCGGCUAGCCCUCCACCACCACCGCCAAGUGCAGCAACAUCUCUUAGGGUUGCUGGCCUAUCUGCGACCUUCCUUUCCAUUGCUUUGGCUUUGUUGUUUUAGAUGGAUGCGUGUCGGUAUAUAGUUAAUUUGCGUGAUGUGAUUCAUUUAAAUUAAUUAUUAGACAUGGCGUACGUGAUUGUUGUUUUUAUACACAAUAUAUUAUUGAUAACUUUUUUUGCAUAAUAAUAAUAAAGCUGAUUUUGAGUUUUGACAUUUCAGCUAUGGAGGUUUUCUUCCGUUCA